AUGGCGAGCAUACAGAGCGACAAGCCAGUGAACACUGUGGUCCUCGAUACCGGUGCCAUCAUCAAGAACGAGCCUCCAGUUUCAACGCUGCUCAAUCAAGCAGAAACUCUCGUGACAGUUCCUGCUAUAAUCAGCGAAAUCAAGGAUGCAGCAACGCGAAGCCGUGUUGAGACUACAUUGAAGCCAUUCCUGACAAUUCGAUCGCCGAACCCUACAAGUAUCAAAUUCGUGACGGACUUUGCGCGCAAGACAGGAGAUCUUGCUGUGCUCAGUAAGCCCGAUAUUCAGAUCAUUGCUUUGACUUACGAGAUCGAGUGUGAGCGUAAUGGUGGCGAUUGGCGGUUGCGACGAGUCCCAGGCCAGAAGGGUGUGAAUGGCGCCCCUCCGGCAAGGGUCGAGGCGAAGGCAGCCGAAGGCUCAGUGGUAAACGAAGGUGCGACGCCUGAGACCAAUGCUGAGCUAGCAGAGAUUCCAGCCGAUGGCGGGAACGUCGUAACGAAGCAGGAGACGGACCUGGAAGGGCAGGCAGAGCCGAUCGCCGAGGGCGAGGAGCAGACUUCUCCUGACGAUGAUGUUGCACAACUUACCUCCGACCUCGAAGCGACGGGUCUCGACGCAGAGCAAGACAUCCCGGAGGACGCAACAGAAACCAAAGUAGACUCUGCGCAGAACUCGGCAGAAGCUCAGGAAGAGUCCGACUCUGACUCGGAUGGCUGGAUCACGCCGUCAAACUUGAAGAAGAAGCAAGCAGCCGAUGCUGGAGCAUCAACAUCACAAACUCCGGAACCCAAAACGAUGCAAGUGGCUGUCUUGACCUCAGAUUUUGCCAUGCAGAACGUCAUCCUCCAGAUGAACCUCAACCUCCUAUCGCCUUCCAUGACCAGGAUCAAGCAGCUCAGGACAUACGUCCUGCGGUGCCACGCUUGCUUCUGCGUCCACAAAGAUCUCAGCAAGCAAUUCUGCUCGCGCUGCGGUCAGCCAUCACUCACACGGGUUUCAUGCUCGACAAGUGCAAACGGCGAGUUCAAACUGCACCUCAAGAAGAACAUGCAAUGGAACACGAGAGGAGAUCGAUACAGCAUACCCAAGCCUGUCCACGGCUCGACGAAUGCACGUCGGUUCCACGGUGGUGGCAAGGGCGGCUGGGGCACCGAGUUGAUCUUGGCGGAAGACCAGAAGGAGGCCGUGAGGGCAGGCGCUGUGGAGAGGAGGCAGAAGGAGCGAAGUCUCAUGGACGAGGACUACUUGCCGAGCAUCUUGACUGGUGAUCGCAAUCGAGCUGGUGGGAGGAUGAAGGUCGGUGCUGGCAGGAACGUGAAUUCGAAGAAGCGUUGA